AUGUGUCUUGAUAAUAAGAACAUUCAAUUCAAUGUCAACUUGACCAAUGAACAAAGGAAUCAAAUUAUUCGUGAUUUAGAUAAUUUUUAUGAUCCAAGUCUAUUUCAAAUUCUUACACAUAUGAGAAUUCAAAGUCAACAAUAUGAAAGAUUAAGAAAUGAACAGGAAACUAAAUUAGGGGUAUUAAGAAAUGAAAAAACUUAUGAAAAUGAAAUUAUACAUCUUAAUCAACGAUAUGAAAUAUUAAGAAAUGAAAAGGAAACUAAUGAAAAUGAAAUUCUACGUCUUAAAAAUGAAAUUCUACAUCGUAAAAAUGAAUUGGAAAAUGAACAAUUAUGUCAAGUAGAAAAUAUUAUUGAUAAUAUUAUUGAUAAAAUAGAAAAUGAAGAACAAAAAGAAAAAUUUGAAAUAAAAAAGAAAAUGAAAAUCAUGAAUAUGAUCAAAAUUGUUACAUGUUUAUGGAUUUUAAUAAUAGAAUAUCGUCAAUUUGGUAAUGAUAUAAUGAUAAACAUGAAAGUUGAAUAUAUAUCGGUCAUUAUGAAACCGAAUAUGUGGACAAUAAAAGCAAAGAUAAAUUCAAUAUUUUCCUUAUUAUUGAACAGAUUUAUUUCGUUAAUUUCAAUAUGUUAA